GCUUCCCGUGGCGCGGCUGGGGAGCGGAGGGGCUUGCAGAGGCGGAAGGAUAACUGCCGGUUCUCCUCCCUCGUGCCUGGAGUCCCCUAGUCCUCGCCAGGGCCGCGCUGCCGGUGCCUUUCCCUGUGUCUCCCCGUGGUAAAGACGUUUGCUUUGCUGCGGCGCCUGGAGAUGCUGCGUCAGGUGGAGUACAGAUAUAAGGUCAAGAAAGAUUUAAAUGGACUUCUGAAGUAACCCAAGGAAGAAAAAUGGAGACAGAGACCAUUUCAAGUCUCAGACAGCAACUCAAGGAAGCAGAGAAUGAGCGAAGAAAGGCAGCACAAUAUGGCUUGCAUUUACUGGAGUCCCAAACUGAAGUUCAGAAGCAGUUGGAUCAAGUACGCCAUGAAUUGACUGAGAAGACCGAGACAUUUGAACAGGAGAAAUACUCCCUUCAGAGAGAAAUCGAACUCAAGAAUCGCAUGCUGGAAAGCUUGAGUUUUGAGUGCGACUGCCUUAAGCAACAGCAAAACUUGCAACUGGAUAAUCAGAAAGAACAGCUUGCCAGAGUCUAUGGACAAGAAAUCAGUGACCUUAAAAACAAGUUGGAGAACCUGAAAGCAGAACUAGAUGAAACCCGACUCUCGGAGAAACAGCUGAGACACAAAGUGGAUCACCAGAAGGAAAUAAUUGCUGCCAAAUCAGAAGAACUCCAUAUGAUGUCUGAACGUGUACAUGAGACCAUGUCUUCAGAAAUGCUCAAUCUUCAGAUAGAGCUCACUGAGCUAGAAAGUGCAAAGGCCAGUGCUGAAGAAAAGGUGAAUGAGCUGCAGUACAGUAAAGAGCAACUAGAACUCAUGAACAGUAAUUUACGUAAUCAGCUGGAGCGCCUGCAGGGAGAAAAAGAAGAGAGGGAGAAAGAAGUUGUUUUUUACUAUAAUGCGCUGGAGAAAGCACGUGAAGCUAAUCAGGAUCUUAAAGUUCAGCUGGAUCAUGCAGUCCAGCAGUCUUUGGACCCCACAAGAAAAGGCAAUUCUCUCUUUGCUGAGGUGGAGGACCGUAGGGCAGAAAUGGAACGACAGCUGAUCAGUGUGAAAAUAAAAUAUCAGUCCCUACAAAAGCAGCAUGCAUUCACCAGAGAACAAUUGCAAAGAAUGAAGCUGCAGAUGGCUACACUAUUACAAAUGAAAGGCUCACAGGCAGAGUUUGAGCAGCUGGAACGCUUACAGUCAAUGUUAGAGCAAAAGAAUGGUGAGGUAGAAGAUCUUCUUAUCAAAGUGAGGCAGCUAGAAAAAUUUAAGAGUUUAUAUGAGAAUAUGGAAGAAUCCAAAGCCAGCAGUGGCUCAAAAGGAGGAGAGUCUGGAGAUGGUUACUAUGCAGAUUUACUGCAAAUUAAACUUGACAACUCUAACAAGGAAACCGAAACCUUGAAAAAUGAAUUAUCCUUGCAGAGGAUGAAAGCUCUGUAUGAGAGCCAAAGGGUCCUGGAAGUUGAAAGGAAACUCUUCACAAACGAGAGACAUUUGCAAGCUUGUCAGAGUGAGAAUAUGAACCUGAGAGUUAAGCUGGAUGAACUAAAGAUGAAAUAUGAACCUGAAGAAUUAGCUAAAGGCACUAGAAUUAAAAAGAAGAGGGAGAAGAUACCUGUGGACACUACUUGUGAGUACUUAGACAGCAGAAAUACUUCAGAGAAAGAAUCUUCUGUCACUUCUGUCACUCAAUUGCCAAGCAAAGAAGAAACAAAGAUGACUUUCAAGAACUUGAAACCAAAUGAUGCUUCUCCAAAAAAACACACUCUUGAAGCACCACCAAUUAACGUAGCUCUUCCAGCAACGCAAAAAGUAGCUGAACAUGAAAAAGAAAGAAAGAGAGUCAAGAUUAAAGAUGAGAGUGAAGAUGGCUUUACUUCAUAUGGCAGAAGUGGAAACAAUUCCUUGACUUCAGCUGCCUCCAGGUUAACAGCUGAAUCCAGAUUUGAAACGACAGAAGAAGAAGAAAAGAAAGAAAAUAAAAUCAUGACUGAGAAGAAAACAGAAAAGAAAAAAUACACAACGUUGUAUGUAUCUUCCAAGCCAACUUCUGAAACACAGUGUGCUCAGCAAUAAAAUGAGGUUUCUGGGAGGAACCUGAGGCUUAGGGAGUCCUGCUUCAGCAAGAAAUACCAAGUCAACUUAAGUCACACAUAAAUGUCCAGGUUCCUAACUUUGAAACUCUUGUUUUAUGAACAGUAUGAUCACAUCAGUGAGAGUUGCACUACUGAUACCUUACAGGUUAAGUUCUUCGGUGAUGUCAUCUGAAGUGUUGCCUUGUCUUAAGUCUUGAUUGAGUCUCUACAUAUGUACUUGUUACAGAAGUUCUAUUAUACAAUAAGACGGGUCAACCCUGAGCAGGACAGAUUAGACAGUCUUGAUGCAGAGCUCAACUAAGUCAUCCUCCUGAAUUUCUUUCAGUUCUUGGAUUCUCGAUUCUUAAUACUUUUCUCCCCUAAAAUGUAGUGCAGACUGAUGUUCAUGUGCACCUCUGCAAUCACUUUUUUAUGCAUCUUGUUGGGAUAGUGUUCUUUUGAAAUGACAAAUUCUCAUACUACUAAUGAAAAUGAACUUUCAUUUCUCUUCCUUUCUAAAAUGUAGUCUGUAUUGCAUUUCAGGCAAAGCUUUUAUUCAAAGUAGUCCAUUUUUUGAUUGAGAGAUGAACUAUUUUAUGUAGAAAGCUUUGCUAAAAAAAUUCCACUCAAUAAAAGCUAAGAAGUUGCA